AUCCUGGGGCCACCCGAGUUAAAGGGGGGAAAUCCGGGGGCUGCCGCAGCCGCCACCGGUCUGGGCCCAGCCGGGGGCCCCCUGUAGUUGCCGCAGUCCCGGGGAGGGGCACCUGCCCCCAUCUCGGGGAGGGGGCGCCGCGGGCUCGGGGAGCACGGACAACCCCUACCCAUGAGGCCCUGAUGGAAAACACAAAGGAUCUGACUGAACAUUCUUCACGAUCCAAAAGGAACAGAAGACACUCAUUCGGGAUGUUUGACGGUUAUGAUAGCUGCAGUGAGGACACAAGCAGCAGCUCCAGCUCUGAGGAAAGUGAGGAAGAAGUUGCUCCUUUACCUUCAAAUCUCCCGAUUAUCAAGAACAAUGGACAAGUUUACACGUACCCAGAUGGUAAAUCUGGCAUGGCUACCUGUGAGAUGUGUGGAAUGGUUGGCGUGCGAGAUGCUUUCUACUCUAAAACAAAGCGUUUCUGUAGCGUUUCGUGUUCAAGAAGUUAUUCGUCAAACUCCAAGAAGGCAAGCAUUUUGGCCAGACUUCAGGGUAAGCCUCCAACAAAGAAAGCAAAAGUUCUUCAGAAACAGCCUUUAGUUGCUAAACUAGCUGCGUAUGCUCAGUAUCAAGCUACCUUGCAAAAUCAAGCAAAGACGAAAGCAGCAGUCUCCAUGGAAGGUUUCAGCUGGGGAAACUACAUCAAUAGCAAUAGCUUUAUAGCAGCUCCAGUUACCUGUUUUAAGCAUGCACCCAUGGGAACCUGCUGGGGUGACAUCUCAGAAAAUGUGAGAGUAGAAGUUCCCAAUACAGACUGCAGCCUACCUACCAAAGUCUUCUGGAUUGCUGGAAUUGUGAAAUUAGCAGGUUACAAUGCUCUGUUAAGGUAUGAAGGAUUUGAAAAUGAUUCUGGUCUGGACUUCUGGUGCAAUAUAUGUGGUUCUGAUAUCCAUCCAGUUGGUUGGUGUGCAGCCAGUGGAAAACCUCUUGUUCCUCCUAGAAUAUUUUUAACAGUACAACAUUACAUUUCCUUGUAGACUUUUGUCCUGAAUUCCAAGCAGGUUUUUGUCUGCUUUUGUUUUAAGGUUUCAGAGAGUAUGCAGUAUUCUUUCAAACCUUGCAUGAGAGUAGAAGUGGUUGACAAGAGGCAUUUGUGUCGAACACGAGUGGCAGUUGUGGAAAGUGUAAUUGGAGGCCGAUUAAGACUGGUAUAUGAAGAGAGUGAAGACAGAACAGAUGACUUCUGGUGCCAUAUGCACAGUCCGUUAAUCCAUCAUAUCGGGUGGUCUCGAAGCAUAGGCCAUCGAUUCAAAAGAUCUGAUAUUACAAAGAAACAGGAUGGACAUUUUGAUACACCACCACAUUUAUUUGCUAAGGUAAAAGAAGUAGACCAGAGUGGGGAAUGGUUCAAGGAAGGAAUGAAAUUGGAAGCUAUAGACCCAUUAAAUCUUUCUACGAUAUGUGUCGCAACCAUUAGAAAGGUGCUGGCUGAAGGAUUCCUGAUGAUUGGGAUCGAUGGCUCAGAAGCAGCAGAUGGAUCUGACUGGUUCUGUUAUCAUGCAACCUCUCCUUCUAUUUUCCCUGUCGGUUUCUGUGAAAUUAACAUGAUUGAACUGACUCCACCCAGAGGUUACACAAAACUUCCUUUUAAAUGGUUUGACUACCUCAGGGAAACUGGCUCCAUUGCAGCACCAGUAAAACUAUUUAAUAAGGAUGUUCCAAAUCAUGGAUUUCGUGUAGGAAUGAAAUUAGAAGCAGUGGAUCUCAUGGAGCCACGGUUAAUAUGUGUGGCCACAGUAACUCGAAUCAUCCAUCGUCUCUUGAGGAUACAUUUUGAUGGAUGGGAAGAAGAGUAUGAUCAAUGGGUUGACUGUGAGUCCCCUGACCUCUAUCCUGUAGGCUGGUGUCAAUUAACUGGAUAUCAACUACAGCCUCCAGCAUCACAGUCAUCAAGAGAAAGCCAAUCAGUGUCAUCAAAACAGAAGAAAAAGGCUAAGUCCCAGCAAUACAAAGGACAUAAGAAAAUGACUACGCUGCAGCUGAAGGAGGAGUUACUGGAUGGAGAGGAUUAUAAUUUCCUCCAGGGAGCGUCUGAUCAGGAAAGCAAUGGCUCUGCCAAUUUCUACAUCAAACAAGAGCCAUGACACGGCUCCAGCUGAGGGCGAGAGGGGAAGGAUUUUACACAGGACUGAUUUCUAACCGAUCCGGCUGUACAGGGGGCCCUUCUACUGGGACAUUUUGCUAAAUACAGACAAUUUCAGUUCCAGAUUUUUCAGAUGGGUGGGGAAACUAUUUUAGUCGGGGGGGAAAUUUUUCAGUUUAUAAAGAUGGACAAUUUUUGUGUUGUAUUUGAAGCUUUUGAAAGAAUUUUGUAAUAUUUUCCAAGUUUGGAUUUAUGUGCAUUGUUAACAAGAACUGAAAUUCUAACUUUUUUGGUAAGAUUAAAGUUUAGGUGCAGGAUUGAAGGAAAUGUUUUAAGAAGGUUAUAGCUGUAAAUGCAAAUGAACUGUCAUUACAAAUGAACCUUUUUGGUACCUGUUGGGAGAUUUUGGGAUUUUAAAGUUAGGCCAGUCACAUCUCCAGCUUCUUUUGCUGCAGAAAUAUGCAACUGAACCCCUCCUGGAGGGUUCAUCACCACAUAGACCAUGAAAGGGGUCAUUAAUUCUGCUUGUUGGCAUUUUAUUGCAGCCCAUUUUAAAUGUUUGUACAGAAAUGUUUUUCAUUCUGUGAAAAUUUAUUUGGAGUUCUAGAUGAAACUGGAAGAACUCUAGAUACUUUUCUAUGUUCUCUUUUAAUUAAAAAAAGAAAAAAAUGACUAAAAUUAUCCUAACACUAAAGUGUUAAACUGGAAUGGUUGACAAGAUACACAGGAUCUCAGUCUACAUGCCAAGGGGUUGGAGAAAAUGCAAUAUUGUCCUAAGUUUAUUUUAUUUUACUUUCUAAAAAAAUACCCCACAAAAGGUAUUCUGAUCAGUUCUCAGCCAUUUCCCUCCAGUCAACAACUUGGUAUGUCCACACCCCAAAACAGGUGUUCUGUGUUACCAGGAGAAUCAAAUUGACAGUUGUUCAAAGCCAGAAUAAGAUUUCAAAAUCAUUCCAGCUCAGCUUUUAACUAUCCUAGAUUUGUUAGAAAACUAAUUUGAAAGAGAAUUUAAUUUUCUUGAAAUUCCAUAUAUAUAUGAAUUAUCAGAAUUUAUUUUAAUAAUGACUGAUUUGGACCAUUUCAAACAUUCCCUGUUUAAAAUUCACAUGGCUUCCUUUUAAGAAAAGGAUCCAAGGGUACAUAGGUGAAAGGUUUGCUCUCUGUGUUUUCUAACUUUCUACUGAGUUGUGACUGAAUGAGAGCGCUCUAGCGUUUACCAGUGAGGUUCAUAAACUCAACUCUCAGGAAUUAAUUGCAUCUGUUCUAGAAGUGCUUCUGGGUCUUAGCCUGGCCACUUCAGAGUGGUAAUGACCAUCUCCUCUGGAAUAUAGGUCGGGCUAAUUAGAAAUUAAUCAAAAUGAUUAACCUCUAAAGUCCGUCAGCCUAUGGAAUGCUUUAAAAAAAGUUCAUGGAAAAGCCCCAGGAGACCAUUUUAGCUAAGAUUUUUGUUUGAAUUUUAAAAUGCAUAGAACGUUAAAAACCAGCAAUUUAUUUUCUAAAAUAUUGUUCUACUUUUGGGAAUAAUAGCAUUGGUAAUACGCACAGGUUUACCUCAUUCUAUGCAAGAGGGGUUAAUAACAUAAGGUUUUGUAAUAGCUACUGGAAGUAAGAUUUGUUACUUUAUAGUGUAAGAAUGUAUGGAAUCGCAUGUCACCAUUUCUUAAUACUGACUCUUUAGGGGCAUAAAUGCAGAAUCACAUCAACGCAAGUUGAUUGAUGCUCAUGUGUCAAAUAUAUGUGAAUUCAGCUGUCCAAUUACUGGAUAUUUAUCUUAAACAACAUUGCUGAGAGGGACCUACUGUAAAUGUGACAUCCUCACACUUCCCAAAUCUAUCACUUUGAAGACUCUUCCCGUAAACCUAAAGCCUAGAAGCGUCCACAGCAAGGGUUACCGCAGUGUUUAUUCUCAGGUUCACGGAACUGAACCCAGGACUCUGACUCCACGACCCGGGCACACGCAGCCUGUGGUUCGGUGUACUCUACCAGUCCCGUGGGCUUGGGGGCUCCGCGGGGAACUGAAUAAACCAGGAGAGAGCUGAUUCGGAGCCUAACAGUCCUGGUUAUCAGUUCUGUGAAAGCUCAUCUGUAGCCAGGUUUUAUAAGCUUCCAGUCCUACAGCAAAGCCAGGCGCUGAGUGUUUUAGAGUUUCCCACCUGUUCAUGAAGUGUUGCGUCUUGAUCCUGUGGCCAGCAGGUCAAGGUUGGUAAGCACUGUCUGCAGUCUCACACAACCGGAAGCCCUCUUCGUUGUUCAUACUCUAACUCCUCCUGCUGCAGAACAGAACAGAAGUCAGCGCAGAGGAGAUUUCUGUCUUAGCCAUAACUCCAAGUGUACAACUCAGUAGCCCCAUUCUCUCUUACGGUUCAAAAUGUACUGCUGACCUUGGGUUUGUUUCUGGGUUCUUUGUUUGUUUUUGUUUUUUUUUUUUACAUGUUAGGAUUAUUUGAGGACUUUUGGUAGUUUAAACUCUUUAACCUUUUCCUUGCUGUGUAUGAGGAAAGCUAAAGCUGUUAUCAACUUCUUAUUCUAUGGAUACUAACACGGGUUUUCAGUGUUUGUUUGUUUUUAUUAUUAUUAAUUUUGCGUGAUGUGAAUGCCCUCUCCCAUCAAUAUUUGUAUUAUGGUGCUAUAUAUUGGUAAUGAUCCUUUAAUAUUGGGAAGGGAUUUUAAAAAUACUGUGAUUAAACUGGGUUUCUUCCUUUGAUUUUCAUAUUUUAAAUAAAGCCACAGUCAUUUAUACAAAAGUAUCUGUCCCUGGGCAAAUCUUUUGAGGACAGAGGUCAAAGUAAACUGCAUAAGGUUUUUACAUCAUUUCUGUAUGUAUUUGAUAUAUAGAUCAAUAUCUGUACAAAUUUAAUCUUUUAUUUUCUUGGUAACUCGUGAUCAUUGAGAAAGUGUUUGAAACUUUCUCAUGAAGUGUAUAUAUAUAAAAUGGCGUGAAAAAUUCCUUUGGAGAAAUUUAUGUUCCUUUCAUUUUUACCAAAUUGCAAAUUUUCAGCAUGGAUGUGAAAAGCAUUAAAAUUAUAACUUUGUGUACAAGAUGAAAAUAAUUCACUAAAUUUGCCCUUUUUUUACACAAAAUAAAAUGUUAAAGUUAAACC